GAGGGAGGGCAGUUUCUCUCCACCUUCCCUCCUCCUUCCUCCCUCACCUUCUUCCUUACCAGCUCCUCUCCUCCAGGACCAGACUGAGCUCAGGCUGAUCUCAGCACACACCGACAAACCCCACUGCUGCUCCAGGAGCCCAGAGAAUAGCAGCCGGAGGGAAGGCUCGGGAGCUGCCUCAAGCCAUGUCAACCCUCAGCCUGGUCAUUCUGGGCCUGCUCACAGCAGUGCCACCCGCCAGCUGUCAACAAGGCCUGGGGAACCUGCAGCCCUGGAUGCAGGGCCUUAUCGCCGUGGCCGUUUUCCUGGUCCUUGUUGCGAUCGCCUUUGCCGUCAACCACUUCUGGUGCCAGGAGGAGCCGGAGCCUGUGAACAUGGUCAUGACUGCUGGGAACAAGGCGGAAGGGAUUCUGGUAGGAACGGAAGGAAAGUAUUCCUCGAUGGCUGUCAACUUCAGGUCCAGUGAGCAUGAGAAUGCCUAUGAGAAUGUCCCUGAGGAGGAGGGCAGGAUGCGGAGCACCCCCAUGUGACCGCGCUUGCCUGUGGCCCCCAGCGCUGAUCCCGGGCACCUGUGAUUGGUGCCACUCCUCUGUGCAGGAAUCUUCAGUAAGGGGCUGACUCCUCCAAGCCCACAUCUCCCCACCCUCCCCUGACUUGUCCCAGCCAAGGUCAGAAUUCAGACUGUCUGGAUUGAGGUUCGGCUGCGGCCCUGGGGUCUCCUACCCAAUUGGAUUCAGAAGACUCUUCUGGAGACAGCUCAGCACCUCCCAUCCUGUUUCACAUUUCCUCCCCGCAACUGUGGAAAUAGCCCUUAUUUCUGUGAAAUAAAGACUUUUGUACGUCUGAGGCUGAGGCUUGAAGGCCUUAGAAACAGCCCCUCAGGCUUCCAUCGA